GCGCCCCUGCAUUGAUGUUCCGUGUGGAUCGGCGAGACCCACUUCCUACUGGUACCUUCUUCCACUUUCAUCCUUCGAGCACUGCAUCACAAAAGGAGUGGGCGGAAGAAGAGACGGUCGAACAUGGCCUUUGCGACUCGGCGCAUUCGAUGAUCUGAUCCGCCAAGUCCCAGCAAUCCGGAAUGUGCUGGUGCUCUUACAACGCCAUUUUGACACACGCUUGUCUUCCCUCUGACGCUGCCUAGCCAGGAUUCCGUCUUUGGGACGGGGAAACAAUCCCGCACUAAUGGAGCCGGAUUAGAUUAAAACAUCCAUGGAUCAGCAGUCAAAAACACCACUGGACCUCCAGGGGGCUGACUGGCCAGCCAUGCGGAAUGUCGCCCAACGCAUCCCGCUUCCUGAUUGCUCUUGGCUGCAAGGAGCUCUGCAUUCGUCCCGAUGGUCCCGGCAACGCGGGCCCAAAUGAUGGCGACAAUGCGGCAUUGAGCACACAUAGACUACCUACAAGGCAUCUAGUUUCCGCCUCUACUACACUAAUUCUCACCAUGCGGACUGCCUACGGCAUCACCCUCGCACUCUCUGCGAGCCUCCGGCUGACGAGUGCCGCUCCGUAUGGCGGAUCCUCACUCCUUUACGUCACAACCUAUCCGGUCGCAGAUGAGCUCGGCAAGGUUCUUACGCUCAAGUUGGACGGGGCGAAACUGCAAUCUGUGGCCGAGUCUGACAGCUGCGGGCCCUAUCCCUCUUGGUUGACGCAGGCCGGCACCAUCCUUUACUGCGUCAAUGAGGCCUGGGGCGGGGACCAUGGCGACCUUGCAGCACUCAAGAUCGGCGCCGACCUUAACCUCACCAAACUGAGCGGAGGCACGACUGUGGGAGGCCCGGUGAGCACCAUCGUCUACGGCGCCGGUGGCCGUGGAUUGGCCAUUGCCGACUACGCUGGAGGUGGCAUCAACACUUUCAACAUUUCCAAUCCAGCGGCUAUUGUGCCGCUGCAUAGUCAGGUCUUUCCCAGCCCCCCCGACAACCGUCCCGACCCUCAGAAUCAGGCCCGCCCUCACGAGGCCGUCCUUGAUCCCACUGGCAACUUCCUCGUCUUCCCUGAUUUGGGUGCCGAUCUCCUCCGUACGUUCAGGGUCGACAAGAAGACCCUGGAGCUCACCGAGUCGAAGGUCUACGAAUUCGCCCGAGGAACCGGACCGAGGCACGCGGUCUUCCUCAAGUCGGGCCCUAAGACGUUCCUCUACGUCGUCUGCGAGCUCGGAAACCUGCUCCAGGGCUUUGUCGUGACCUACACCGCCGACAAGACUCUCAGCUUCACUCAGAUCCACAACAGCACCACGCACGGCGACAGCAAUCCGAUCCCGGCGGGCACCUCGGCCGCCGAGAUCACGCUUUCCCCCGACAACAAAUUCCUCACCCUCUCCUCCCGCAACGAGAAAUCCCUGCAGUAUACCCUCGCCAACGGCACCACGGUGCCCUCGGACCCCCUCAUCACCUUCGCAAUCAACGCCGCGACCGGCGCGCUCACUCACGUUCAGACGGCACCGGCCGGCGGCAUCAACCCGCGACACUUCUCCUUCAACAAGGACGGCUCGCGCGUCGCCUCGGCGCUGCAGUCGGACGGCCGCAUCGUCGUUUUUAAGCGCGAUGUCGUGUCAGGCAAGAUCGGCAACACUGUAGCCGAGGUAGAUGUUCCGGGGAUGCCUAACUUUGCUAUGUUCGCGCACUAGGGGGGGCAGCAGUUUGAGGGGUAGUUUGAGGGGUCAGGGAAACGGGCCGGCGUUCUUUUCGUGUGCUUUAUUCUGUAUUCUUGCUUUUUAUGCAUUAUAACGCGUUGCGCAACCUUGGCUGUCCAGGGCCAGCAAGGUGGUGGGGGGUGAGACGAAAAGUGCCCUCAUCAAAGAACGGGAAUGGUGAAAAGGAAGCAUUGCCCAGCCAAAAAGUCCGGACGCACCUCGGAGCAAAAGUAGCAUCAUUUCAUUCGUGGACUAACUAACACCACGCCGAAUCCCCGCCUGGCCGGAAAGUUCCCCGUGUCAACUGUCUUGA